AUGGUGAAAAUGAGGCGACGCCAAGUGAAACGCCUGGUGCGUAGGCUUAUCUUUUUCGUAAUCUCAAUUUUCAUACUCUCGUUCUUCACCUCAAUACUGGUGGAACGACGGUUGCGGACCGUGGAGCCAUCCACCCAAGUUACGGAUUUUAAUGGUGAUCCAGUUACGCCAGAAGUUGUGCCACGUGCGCGCAUCAACACCCAACGCCCGCCAAAACCACCCGUACAAAAGCGAGAGUUCGCGCCACCACAAUCGCAAAGUGCUAUUCGAAAUGAAGUUAUACAGAAUGUUGAGGAAAAGCGAAAAGUUGUGAAGGGGAUAUUUAAAGUACCAGUAGCAGUGGGUGAGAAGAAAGAUUGGGAAGAUAAUGAGUUAGUGGAACGUGAAGCGAAGCGCGAGGGGUUGGGGGAACAUGGCGAGCCGGCCUACAUAACCGAGGAGCACCAGAAGGAGCUAGAAAAGAACAUGUCGUUGGAGAAUGGUUUCAAUGCUCUGCUAUCGGAUUUAAUAUCGGUGAAUCGUUCGGUGCCGGACGCUAGGGAUCCAGGUUGUCGACACAUCAAGUACCUCGCCAAACUACCGUCCACCAGCGUUGUCAUUCCUUUCUACAACGAACACAUCAGCGUUUUGCAGCGCACUCUACACAGCAUUGUGAACCGCACGCCACGCGAAUUGCUGCACGAAAUUGUAAUCGUUGACGACAGCAGCGAUCGUGAGUAUCUGAAAACUCAACUUGAGGAAUAUGUAUCGGAGCACUUCGGCGGCCUCGUCACCAUCAUACGUUUAUCCGAACGUUCUGGUCUGAUAGCGGCACGCUUAGCGGGCGCACAUGCAGCUACCGGUGACGUGUUGGUCUUCUUUGACUCGCACAUCGAGUGCAAUUAUAAUUGGUUGCCACCACUACUCGAGCCGAUUGCUGUCAAUUACAAAAUAUCGACUUGCCCGAUUGUGGACGUAAUCAAGCAUGAGCAUUUUGGCUACACGGGGUUACACCAAACGGGAUCGCGUGGUGCGUUCGAUUGGAAGCUAAGUUACAAGCAGCUGCCUUUGCUGCCGGGGCAAAAUCAGAAUAACACAGAGCCUGUUUCUAGCCCCAUUAUGAUGGGUGGCCUCUUCGCGAUUAGCAGACAAUUUUUCUGGGAGUUAGGUGGCUACGAUGAAGGACUAGAUAUUUGGGGCGCAGAACAGUACGAGCUGAGUUUUAAGAUUUGGAUGUGCGGUGGCAUGCUGUUCGACGUGCCAUGUUCACGCGUGGCGCACAUAUUUCGGGGGCCGAUGAGCCAGCGCCCAAGUCCUCGAAAGCACAACUUCUAUCUGAAGAACAACAAACGCGUAGCAGAGGUGUGGAUGGAUGAAUACAAGCAGUACGUGUAUGAGCGCAAUCCACAGGAGUACGAAGGUGUGGAUGCCGGAGAUUUGACAGCGCAGCGUGCUGUACGUGAGCGCCUCAACUGCAAGUCCUUCAAGUGGUUUUUGGAGGAGGUCGCACCUGAUCUUCUACAGAAUUUCCCACCCAUCCAACCGCCUUCCUAUGCUGUCGGUACGAUCCAAAGCCGAGCUUAUCCGCACUUCUGCUUGGACACCAUGGGCAAAGGCAGCGAGCAUCCUGUAGGUCUUUACUACUGCGCCGAAAAUAAAACACAUCCGCAUAGCAAUCAGUACUGGAAACUGAGUUAUGCGCGUGACCUACAGCACCAAGAUGGCGAUAUCUGCUUGGACGUGCAGUCCGUGCAGGAGAAUGCCACCGUGUGGAUGUGGACAUGCCAUCAGCAAGGUGGCAAUCAGUUCUGGUACUAUGACCGCGAACGUCAAUGGUUGGUACACGGACGUAACGGGCAUGCCUGCCUGGAAGCUGUCGUCGAAGGGGACACGCAUGCGGUCUAUGCGAACAUGUGUGACAAUUCGAAUACGCGCAUGAAGUGGAGCUUUGGUGUGGUCAACAAUACUGCAUUGGAUGCCUUCUAUGAGGGAUUGUCCGAUGAGUGAAAUCAGCUAUAGCUUUAAGAAUUGCCAGCGCGUCAGUUGGAGAAGCGUCCUGGUGGCGCACUGUAUUUCAAAGUUCCUUGGAUGUAUUUAAGUUUGUUAGCCUAUUACAUUGUUCCGAA